UACUCGCCCAUCAUGGCGACGAAGAUGCAAGUUCCUGCAAAGAAACCUCACAUCAGUGAGCAGCCCAUCACAUUGGCCAAUUGGCAUCAACAUGUCAACUGGCUCAAUGUCCUCUUCGUCAUCGGCGUCCCACUCAUGGGCGUCGUGGGCGCCUAUUUCGUUCCCUUACACCCCUAUACUGCUAUCUUCGCAGUCAUAUACUACUUCAACACCGGCCUCGGCAUCACAGCAGGCUAUCACCGACUCUGGGCUCACACAUCCUACAAGGCGACACCACUCCUCAAGUUCUACCUGGCGGCGUGCGGUGCGGGAGCGGCGCAGGGCUCGAUCCGGUGGUGGUCCCGGGGUCACCGGGCGCACCACCGGUACACGGACACGGACAAGGACCCCUACUCGGUGAAGAAAGGCCUCCUGUACUCGCACAUGGGCUGGAUGGUGAUGCAACAAGAUCCCAAGCGCAUCGGGCGGGCCGACGUGACCGACCUAAACGAGGACCGCUUCGUCGUCUGGCAGCACCGCCACUACCUUUUUUCCGUAAUGUCCAUGGCGCUUGUGUUCCCUGCCCUGAUGUGCGCGUUCUGGGGUGAUUUUUGGGGAGGGCUCAUCUAUGCUGGCAUACUCCGCUCUUGCUUCGUCCAGCAGGCCACAUUCUGCAUCAACUCGCUGGCGCACUGGCUCGGUGACCAGCCGUUCGAUGAUAGGAACUCGCCCAGGGACAACGUAAUAACAGCCCUAGUCACACUCGGUGAAGGAUACCACAACUUCCACCACGAGUUCCCGUCCGACUAUCGCAAUGCCAUCCAGUGGUAUCAAUACGAUCCCACGAAAUGGAUGAUCUGGAUUUGGAAGCAAGUCGGCCUCGCCUACGACCUGAAAGAAUUUCGCAGCAACGAGAUCGAGAAGGGCCGCGUGCAACAACUGCAAAAGAAACUCGACCAGAAGCGCGCCACGCUGGACUGGGGCAUCCCGCUGGACCAGUUGCCGGUGUUAUCCUGGGACGACUUUGUGCGCGACGCCAGAACCGAGGGCCGCGCCCUCGUCGCCAUUGCGGGCGUGAUACACGACGUGGCUGAUUUCAUCAGGGAUCACCCCGGUGGUAAGACGCUGAUUGGGAGCGCGGUCGGCAAGGAUGCGACGGCUAUUUUCAACGGUGGAGUCUAUGAUCACUCGAACGCGGCACAUAAUCUGCUGUCGACUAUGAGGGUUGGCGUGUUGAGGGGAGGCUGCGAGGUCGAGGCUUGGAAGAAUGAGCCGUCGGAGAAGGGAUUUCUGCAGGGUGAUUUAACUGGUCAGAAAAUAGUCAGGGCUGGAGAUCAGGUAACGCGGCUUUCGUAGCUUGUUCCAGGUGCUGGUGCUGCGUGAAGUUUUGUGGGCUUGGCCGUUAGGUAGAUCAGAAUAAGGGUCACGUUCAAUGAUCAGGCCUAAGCAUCACCUCCCCAUUGUAUGGUCCAACAACUCAGCAGUUUUGAUGUGUCCAUUCAGGAGUCGCACAACCCGACGCGCUCUGCUCCCAGUCAGACGCUGCUAAUAACGCGGAGUCAGACAUCCGAAACCGCACCACCACCAGCGACGUCGCUCUCGCCCAC